AUGCAUGCGCCACGUCGUCUUUUGACGCCCAGCAUUGAUUAUUUCAAUUUUCGCAAAAUGGCAAUCGAUUUGCUUUUUUUUAGUUUACUGGCAAUUUCUUACGAGGCACGAGCAUUUGGCGUGAAACGUGGCAUGUUCGGUGAACAAGCGAAAGCAAUCUGCCCCGAUUUAACUCUGUGUUAUGUGCCAUGCGGUGAGCAUGUCGAUAAAGCAGAUAUCACUCGUUACAGGUGUGUUUGGAAAAAACUUCCUAGCUGUUGA